GUUGGUGAUUUUGAAAAGUGGCUAAAACUUUUUUUUAAAGAUUUAAAAAAAAACUACGCAUCAUGAAAAUUUUACUCGUCGCGCUUUUUGCCACAUUAGCGCUUCAGAAUGCGCUGGCCAGCAUAAAAGAGGAAAUUACGGCCACUGAGUAUAUUGAGAAUCUGAAUAAAGAGAUUGCACGUCGCACAAACCUUGAGACAGAAGCUUCCUGGGCGUAUGCAUCUAACAUCAAUGCGGAGAAUGAGCGCAUGAAGAAU